AUUUAGUACUCUGGCAUUAAUUUAUUACAACUCUCAGCCCUUCAUAAAUUAAAGGAUGAGUUAAAGGUAUUCCUAGGAUUGGAUCAGCCUUUGCUAACGGUGCUCACGGCACUGGACUUUGACUCAGCCAUAACAGGAAUGUUUAAUUUGCAAGACUAUCCCGAUAUCUAUAAACGAUUUCUGGAUUUCAAUGGACGGUUAGAUUUAGUGAACGCCCGCACAGAACAGAAUAAACUACUCGAUGUGAAUGCAAAAAUCAGGGGAACAGGGAAUCCGUUUAUGAACAUUAAAGUGGCUUUCAAUGAGAGUGUCAAACACCUGGGUAUUGAUAUGGGUCUUCCACGACCUCCAAUUCACUAUCAUUAUAGUCAAUGAAUUUGUUUUAUAAAUACUCGUUAUUAAACAAUAGAUUGUUUGUUAAACAACAGUAAAUUGUGUUA